ACCUACAGAACAACUGCACAAAUCGGCAAAUUCGAUCGGUUUUCUCGGCUAACUUUUCACUCGUGUUUCUUCGCCAGAUGGCGCUACUAAUUUUAGAGGACACUUCCGGUAGAGAUAGAAAAUAAAUUUGCAGUCAAUUUAUGUUCAAUAACGAAGAUCACACCAAACAAGAGAUGACAUCAGAGGCAUCCUUUCCUGCUCCAAAAUCAUGUGAUACUUUUGUCGCACUGCCUCCUGCGACCAGUAAUGGAGCUGUAAUCUUUGGAAAGAAUUCUGACAGACCUAUGACUGAAGUGCAGGAAGUUGUAUAUGUUCCUUCAAAAGACCAUGCAGAUGAUGAAAAACUGGAGUGUACCUACAUCUCUAUUGAUCAAGUGAAACACACCAAUGCAGUAAUCCUGAGCAAGCCAUCUUGGUUAUGGGGAGCUGAGAUGGGAUCCAAUGAACAUGGAGUAUGUAUUGGAAAUGAGGCUGUGUGGACCAAACCCCAGUCUGACAGUGACCUAGAUGAGAGAUUACUAGGAAUGGAUUUAGUCAGAUUGGGCUUAGAAAGAGGAGCAACUGCUAAAGAGGCUCUUGAUGUCAUAACUGGUUUAUUAGCCAAAUAUGGUCAAGGAGGGCCAUGUGCUGAGGGAGAUCAGUGGUCAUACCAUAACAGUUUCCUCAUAUCUGAUAAAAGUGUGGCUUGGGUUCUUGAAACUGCUGGAGAACAUUGGGCGGCUGAGAAGAUCACAAGUGGUGUAAGGAACAUCUCAAAUGAACUUUCAAUAAGGACUAAGAUUGAUGCUAUGUCUGAUGGUUUAAAGGAGCAUGCUAAGUCAAAUGGCUAUUGGGAUGGGGAGGGUGAGUUUGACUUUGCCAACGUUUACUCCAGUGGAGGGGUAUCAGACCUUCCAUCAGGAAGAUAUGGGGCUGGGAAAGCCCUCUUGGAGAAACUCUCUAAAGGAGGUGAAUUUGGGACCAUUGACAUGUUCAAGAUAUUACGAGAUGAAGAGAGUGGCAUAUGUAUGACAGGGGCAUUCUUGUCAACUGGGAGCCAGGUGUCUGUGGUACCAGGUCCUGAUUCUAAUUCACCAAGCUGUCACUGGUUUACAGCAACUCCAAAUCCUCAGCAGUCCAUCUUCAAACCAUUUGUCUUCUGUGAGGGUUCGAGUAUCGGGGAGAACACCACAUCGCCAAGUUAUGGGGCAGAGGACCCCGUUAAAAUAAAACCAAGAUUUGCAAAAACUGUUGAUCGCAAACACCCUUUGUACAAGCUCCAGAAACAAAUGCGUAGUCUUCUGGACAGAGGUGAUGAAAAGGCUGUGGAAAUGUUGAAAAAUAUGUUAGAAAUGGAAACGCAUUGUGUUGCCGAUACGGAAGAAGUGUUGAGAAAUUUUGAUGCAUCAAAUACCCAAAAGAAUAAUCAUUAUAUUAAAGAAUGUUCUGGUAACGCACCCCUGUAA